UAUAUAUACACUUACAUUUCCGUCAUCAUUGGGGUGAUCGCCACAAAAACCCAUCGCCCUCCGGCCACCUCUUCUCCCUCGGCGAUCCGCCGCCGGUGAUCGCCGUUCCGGUCCACCGCCGACGGUCCCCAAUCUCCCACCUCCAAUUCCCUCCCCUGGUUCCUCAAUCUCAAUCCCCAAAACACCACAAAUUCCAUGUGAUCGAUUUGCGAAAACUCGCAAUUUUAUCCCCAAUUUUCCAUGAUUUGAUCGGUGUUUCGUUAAACUAGUUCUAGGGUUAGGGUUUAUCAGCCUGAGAUGUUCAAAAUCAUAAAGCGAGGGCACCGAAAGCUCUCGAAAUCGGACGGUACCGAUUUUGGCUACGUUGCUCCGGCAAAUCGGAAUUCUGGGUCUGUUUCGACCUCGGAUGUUGUGGUAAAUCAUGCCUCCAUUGGUCCGGCAUCGACACUCGUCACUUACACCGGAGCUACUAUCGUUGUUGCUCCACCUUCAGGGACAAUUGAGAUUCUUCCUUUGCUCAAGGAUGUUCCAGCCCCUGAAAGACAGAACUUGUUUUUGAGAAAAUUGCAGAUUUGUUAUUACCAAUUUGAUUUCUCUGAUAAUCUGAAAAUGGUUAGAGAAAAGGAGAUUAAGAGGCAAACCCUAGCAGAGCUUGUUGAUUUUUUGCAAUCUGGGUCUGGGAAAAUUACAGAGAGUAAUCAGGAAGAGAUGGUUCGGAUGAUUUCGGCGAAUAUAAUCCGGUGUUUGCCUCCUGGUUCUCAUGAAAAUACGGGGUCCGAAAUCAUAGACUCAGAAGAUGAGGAACCCUAUCUUGAGCCUUCUUGGAUCCAUUUACAGCUUGUUUAUGAGCUGCUUCUUAGAUACAUUGUGUCAUCCGAGACUGAUACGAAGAUCGCCAAGCGGUACAUUGAUCACUCUUUUGUUUUAAAGCUUCUUGAUUUGUUUGAUUCGGAGGACCCUAGGGAACGGGACUAUUUGAAAACAAUUCUUCACCGGAUUUAUGGAAAGUUUAUGGUCCAUCGCCCGUUUAUUAGGAAAGCCAUCAAUAAUAUAUUUUACCAGUUUAUAUACGAGACAGAGAGGCAUAGUGGUAUUGGUGAGCUUUUGGAGAUUCUUGGUAGCAUAAUUAAUGGGUUUGCGCUGCCAAUGAAAGAGGAACAUAAGUUGUUUCUUGUUCGGGCGCUUAUACCUCUUCACAAGCCUAAGCCGGUUUCGUUGUAUCAGCAGCAGCUUUCGUACUGCAUUAUUCAGUUUGUAGAAAAAGAUUACAAGCUGGCUGAUACUGUUAUUCGGGGUUUGUUGAAAUACUGGCCAGUCACCAAUUGCCAGAAGGAAGUUCUGUUUCUUGGGGAGCUAGAAGAUGUGCUGGAGGCAACACAAGCUGCAGAAUUCCAGCGCUGUAUGGUUCCUCUGUUCAGACGGAUAGCCCAAUGCAUCAAUAGCUAUCAUUUUCAGAUUGCAGAACGAGCUCUCUUUCUAUGGAAUAAUGACCACAUUGUCAACUUGAUCGCACAAAACCGGAGUGUGAUUUUGCCAAUAAUUUUUGAGGCUUUGGAAAAGAACGUGCAGUCUCACUGGAAUCAGGCAGUCAACGGGCUGACAAUGAAUGUUCGGAAAAUGUUCUCGGACAUGGAUGUUGAAUUGUUUGAGGAGUGUCAGAAUCAGUACAUGGAGAAAAUGGCCAUGGUGGAAGAAUUAGAAGAGCGGCGGGAAUUGACGUGGCAGAGAUUGGAGGCCGCUGUCAAACAAGGAGAUUGAGGGAUUUUGAAUAUUGUGUUUUUAACUGAUUUUUGGGGUGCAUCACUAGCCAUAAUCAUGAUUAAUAGAUGGAAAUGUUGUUCUCUUCUUUGUUGCUUGCAUUCCUGUUUGGCUCUCUCAUUUUAUUUCAUUUUAUUUUUUCUCUUUCAGUUGAUUUUCUUUUAUCAAAUCGGCAGGAAAAUAUUAUUUAAAAUGCAUUAAUAGUUACUGGUGGUGGCAGCAUAUGCUGCAAGAGAACAGUUUGUGAAGUAUUGUCUGUAUUUUUUAGCUUCUACAAUUUUUGUCCCAACAAAGAUAAAGAAGUAUUUUCUUAAUUUCUUA